AUGGACGCCGACGAGGCGACCGUGCUCACCAACACGGUGCAGUGCAUUUCGCGGGCGGCGAGCGCACACGCGCCUCGGCCGCAGCAGACGCCGGCGCCGCCGACACCCGGCGUCAAGCCACUAUCAGGCAUUGGUCUCAACACGCAUCUUCGGGACCUGUUUUACUACCUCAACAAGAACGAGGUCAUCUUUAGUCUCGGCAAGCACGUCGUCGUACAGAACGUCCAUAACCAGCGCAUGGCCUUCUUCGAGCCGCCGGGUGAGACGACCGAGAGCGUUGUCGCCGGCGACGUCUCGGCGCUCGGGCUCACGAGCAAGCGCAACUACUUGGCCGUCGCGCGCGGGUCGCCCUCGGUGCUCGCACGCUCCACGAGCACGAUUGCCAUCUACAGUCUCCGCGACCACAAGGCGGCGUCGGACGCGGUGCGGACACCCGUGCGCGUGAUUACGUACCAGACGCACAGCUUCGUGUCGCUCGCGUUCUCAGCGAACGGCAAGUUCCUGCUCGGCCAAAGCUCGACCGCGAAUUGGAGCUUCGUGCUCUGGGAUUGGACGCGCGCGCGCAAAAUCGCCGUGACCGAGGUCCACACGCGCGUGACGCGCGUGCAUUUCAACCCGAUCGACUUUGCACAAAUGUCGACGUCGGGCGGCAUGCACCUCCGGCUCUGGAAGCUCGCAGAGCCCACGUGCCGCCAGUUUGCAACGUUCACAGCGCCCGUCAAGUACGUCGAGCACGCGUGGAUCCCCAAGAGCGACGGGCUCGUCGCACUCCUCGAAAAUGGCGACGUCCAGCACAUCUACAACGGCGAGCUCGUCCGGACGCUUCCGUCGUUGCACCACGGCCACUACCUCUCUGUCGUGAUUGCCGGCAACGACGGCUACAUCUCGCUCCUCGACGUCGGCGAGGUUGAAACGAGCGGUGCGAUCGCCGACCUCAGCCUCUCGCGUCGCAUGCAGCUCGAGUCCCGGGAGCCGAUCCUUGCCAUUGGCAUCGACCCGACGGGCGCUGCGUUGAUGGUGGUGACCCCGAGUCUCUACGGCGCGUACGAGCUCGCGAACCUCUGCCUCCUCCGCGGCGACGACGAGUCGAUUGCGCUCGUGACCUAUGCGCCGCUGCCCCGCCCCGUGGAUCUCUCGACCAUGACGACAGCGCUACGCCGGCACGUCUUUGCGACUCUCGGGCGGGCGGCGUCGGGCGGCCACGCCAUCGCGCUGUACAGUCAAGACGGCACGCCAGGGCUUUUGCAGUACACGUUUCCCCACCUCGCGCCCAACGCCAUUGCCGUGCACCCGUCCGGCUUUGAAGUGCUCGUGACCUUUAGCGUCCAGCUGCAGGUGUACCAUGUGCUCUUUGACACGUUCAAGAUUGCGUUUGAAGUCGAAAUUCGCCACGCGACGUCGGUCGCCUACAGCCGCGGCGGCAGCUUCUUUUGCGCGCUCGUCGAAGACCGGAGCAUCUACGUCUAUAGCAACUACGCCGGGUCCGAGCCAUUGCUGCACUCGGUGUGCCGGGGCAAGGACGUGAUCUCGGCGUUCGCAUGGGGCACGGACGAGACGCGGCUGUACGCAGGCGACGAGCGCGGCAACUUUAGCGAGUGGGCGCUCACCGAUGCUGGGUUUGCGUCGACUCCGGCCGCGUUCCGCGACGACGAGCGGACGCGGGCGUACACUGCGAUUGCAACGACCCACCGCGCAGGGCACCGCGUGCUAGCAGCAGCCUUCCUCUCCGGCACGGGCGUGGCCGCGAUUCACGUCUGGCCAACGCUCGACUUGACCGUAGUGCCCGACCGGACGCCAGAGCUCGAUGCGAAGAUCACAGCGCUCGAGUUUUGUGGCACCGCGCUCUGCGUCGGCCUUGCUUCCGGCACGCUGCACGUCUACUGGUGGGAAGACGGCUUGGCGGGGCCGCGGCUCGUCGCCCAGCCGCUCACAUUCGACUUGACGGCGGCACCGCUCGUGUCGCUCCGAGCAUGCAGCGCCGAGGGCCAUCUCCUCGCGGCCAGUGCCGACGGAUGCGUCUUCGAGACAGCGAUCACGGUCGCGUCCACGCCCGAGCUGCAGGCGGCGACGUCGUCUUUGGUGCUACAAACGACAUAUACCGCGAUCAACAGCUUUGUCACGGUCGUGCCCACAGACGACCUUUGUUUGGUGGAGCGCUGCAGCGUCACGGAGCGGCUCAUGCAUAUCGCGGACCUCGAGACCGAAAUGGACCAGCUCAAGAUUGAAAAGGAGAUUGUCAACAAACUCAACGCGGAGCAGCGCAGUCUCCUGGAGCGCGAGCGUCACGCCGACGUCCGCGCUGUGCGAACGGCGCUCGAAGCUCAGGUCCACGCGGCCCACGAUGCGUUGACGCACGAGAAGCAAGAGGCCGAGACGCUCACGGCGGCGCUCAAGGAGACGCACGCCCGCGACACCAGUGCCAUGCAAGCCAUUCUGAGCACGCAAAUCGAAACGCUGCACGACGUCGUCGCCCAGCUCGAACUCGACCUUAUCAAGGCGCGGCAGAGCAUCGACGACGCGACGUUUGCCGGCGACGAACGCGCGAUGCAGCUGCGCAAGGCGCUGGAAGCAAGCCACGCAGGCGAAUGCAACGGUCUCCGCGCUGAAAUACAUCGGCUCAACGACGCCUUGGCGCUCAAAACACGAGCGUACGACGAAGUGCUCUCGCAGCAGGACGACGACCACCUCUUCCACCUCGCCUCGCUCCAGGCAACGAUCGAAGCCGAGAGAGCGAAUGGCGCGGCGGUGUCGGUCGCCGCGAAGGACACGACGUCGAACCUCCAGCAACAACUGCGCAUGAUGCUCAAUGCGCUCGACAUCAAGUCGGCCGACGUCGAGAAGCUCACGCGGGAAAAGCACGACUUGGCCGCGCACGUGGCGAUGCUGCAAACCGAGCUGGCGGCGGAGCGCAAGCACGCGGUGAAAACGGCGGCCGACUGCAGUCUUCUCGAGACCCAAGUCAUUGACCUCACACGGUCGUUGGACGGCCUCGAGCGCCUCAACAACAUCCGCUUGUGCAAGCUCAAGACGAUCAAGGACUCGCUCGCGGCCAAAGACGCGGCGAACGAAGCGAUGCAGUCGUUCGUGGACGAGCUCCACCACGAAAACAGCAACGUGAUCCGCGACGCGAAUGCACUGGAUGAGAAACAGAAUCUCAUGACGCGCAAACUGCGCUUUUACGAGCAAACCCUGGCGGCGCACAAGGCCAGCGUGGCCGACGCCAACGCGAUCGUGCUGGCGUUUCGUCGGGACCUCGGGAUUCUCAUCGAAGACGAGCAGCGCGGGAAGCGGCUCAAGAUCGAUGCGAUUGUCAAACUAUACCACAAGUACGAGCCGUCGGCGCGGCAUGUGACGCGCGAGCGCGGCACGGACGAAGCCAUCAUCCACGAGCUCACGCGCCAAAACAAGUGCGUCGAGGACCACCGGCGCAAGCUCCGGUCGCGCGUCGCGACCGUCGUCAGCGAGAAACACAAGCUCGCGACGCUCUUCUCGCAAGACAACCAGAAACUGCUCGAGGACGUCCACCGGUUAACGCGGGAGAACCACGAAUUGAAGCGGCGACCAAAAAGCUGGCGCAGGUGCAGAAACCUCCGCCGCCCGUCGUCGGCGUCACCGACGACAACAACGACAACGACAACAAUGUCCACGUCACCGAUGUACCGAUCGUCGUCGAACCCGCGACCGAUGCGACGAGUCGCGUUUACAUUCCGUGCGGUAUUCACAUUGGACCGCAGCCGGUCGUAGCGCAACCGUCGCCGAUGGUUCGUCCGCUCAUUCGCCCCAAGACAAGCAAGCCCAAGCGCGUGCCCCGGGUUGUCAUGCACACGGACGCGACGCGCAAGCCGACGGGCGUCCGACCUCAGUCGGCGCUGCCGUCGUCGGUACACAAGCCAUCGCGACUGUUUGCAUAGCCG